AUGGCUGUGAAGUUGGAAUCGACGCAGUUUAAAAUCUGGAAGGAGAAAGGUAAAACGAGCGAUGAGUUUUUUAAGAUGCUUCGUCUAGACACCGACCAGAGUAUCGACACACUGAAGAGCCCAGGCCUAGUUUCAUGGUUCUCGUACGUGAAAAAAAUUAGCGAAAACCCGACCGAAGUGCUGUACCGAAAAUUGGAAAUACGUUUUAGCGAUGCAGAGAUACUGAAGAUGUUUUUCGCUGGGAGGAAGGACGGCACUUUAAAGUUUUCGUUGGGUCCAAUGGUCCGCUUGAUCAAAGGCAAUUGGCUGGGUCAAAAGAAAACUGCAGAAGAUGUCUUCACCGAUCUCUCCCUACACAAAGAUGGCAUUAAUUUUUUUGAAAACCCGAUACUGGUAACUUGGUUCACCUACGUAAAAAUUAUGCACCAGGAGGAAGCAGACAACGUGAUGUCGUCGGUGAUGACGAAAUAUUACGACGAUGAAACAGUGAAGAAGAUGGUUACCCACAGCUCGAUAACAGGGAAUCUUAAAGCCACGGCAACACAAGUGGUUUCUGAACUGUGGUUGCGCGAAGGAAUGUCAGCACACGAGGCUUUUAAGGUUUUGAGGCUAAGCGGGAAAGGCGACAACGCCUUAUCGGAUCCCGCAUUUGGUACAUGGGUCUCAUACUUUAACAAGUUGCAACGCAAGAAGAUGAAUCAAGACGAGUACGCUAUUAUAGCGGAGCUAUCAAAGCAUUUCGAUAAUGACCUAAAUCUUGCACGAGCACUUAAGGCUGCAAAGACCAAGCUUCAGAGUAAAAGCUGGAUUCCGCGUGAAUUAAAAAAAUACCAAGACCCAAGAGCUGUUCCGGCGGCAUUGUCUUCAAUCAAUUACCCUGGUGCAGAGAUCUCCAUGGACUCUACUGCGUCUCCUCGCCAACAACUCGAUGGACAGUCAACGAGGCUUCGGUCUCCCAUUAUCCGCCCGAUACACGCUGACACUUGCGCUAUCGAGCUGGAUACGAAACUCCCUCGUCGGUGUAACUGGUCAAUUGAGAGCUUUCGAGAGGUGGACAUCGGGUCUCUUCCGUGGUUGGGCUGGCUAUUCAUCUACGCUUUCGUUCAAUUCUACUUCUCCAUCAGUCGAUGUCUCGCACUUAAAGCGCUAGUGAUAAUGCACGGGAGUGCCACGGACUACACGGCAUUCGUCAAGAUAUCAGCGUUGAGUCUCGGAUUCUUCGAGGAUUUCGUGUGCACCACGUACUUCGCCACCGCGUUGUGGAUAUCUGAUACUCUCAAGCAGAUAGUGGUGGAGCGAUACGGCUCAACGAGUGGAUUGAGGCUAGAUAUUGCUGGAAAGAUUGCCACAUUCACGGUCUCGUGGGUGUUGUUUAUGGCAAUGAUGGCGCCAUUUGUAGCUGAUAUGAUGUUGGUGGUAUACCGAGAUAUGCGCUUCUCGUUCCGUCUCCUCGCCUCUUUGAUCAAAGAGAGGGAAUACCUCAAAGCCGCGCCGAUAUCAACGGACGAGGUCCAGACAGCUUACGUGACUGCAGGCUACCUCUUCGUUAUUGCUUCAUUAUUCGCGAUAGUGCGAGUCUGGGCCAAGUGGGCAGAUCUCACACUCUGGAACCCGACGCAGAUAGUACUGAAUCCCGUGAAUAACUCAACAAUCGGGAAAUUAUCCAAGAGAGGUGCAGGAGGUGUCAAGUACGACGCACUUGGUAGAGAAACUUCAACAACACGAUACCAAGUUGUACGCGUUGCUGUCGUCAUCACGGGUCUUGUGCUGCUGCCUGGGAUUGCCGUGGCAGUCCGGAGCGCUUGCUCGCCGCUCGUGGCGUACGCAGCGUUGAACGUGACACUGAACGAGUUGCUUCUCCACAUGUUCGAACCUGCCCCCAUGGAGGUAAAACUUGCAAACUUAAUCGAGAAUUUACCGUGGGUGGAAGAGUUUAUCGACAAGGCCGAAGAACAUGAGCGCUUUGGAGAUGAUACACUUUUCAGACGCACCACAGGAUUCAAAGGAGAGCUGGCCUUUAACAUUUCUAUUGACAACGACAAUCCGCCAAAUGUUUUAAUCAUUGGAGUGGAAUCUUUCCGGUACCGAGACUCGCGGUACCUCGUCGGAGAGGAAGACCCGUCAAACCUGUUCAAAGGCUCAAAUUUGACAAUAACGCCGAAUUUCGACCGAUGGGCGAAGCGAGGCGUCGCCUUGCGCAAUAUUUGGUCCAGUAUCCCCACGAGUCGGUCUCUGGAGAGUGUGUUGUAUGCGCAAGUCCCGUAUCACAGCAACACAGAGACCGGGAUUACUGGAGGAAAGAGAAACACCAAGCUCUCGGGUUUACCGCAAUUAUUCUCUGAAAAGGGAUACGAAACCUACUUCACCACGGGAUCAACGUUAGGAUUUGAUAAUUGGGACACCUUCCUGCCCUCGCAUGGCUUUGACAACGUAUGGGACGCCGACAAAAUGAAGAGAAUGGCGGAAAACAAUUUUAACAUCAGAAGUCAAGACUGGGACAAUGACGAACACCGCGGUUUCAGCUGGGGUGCCCAUGAUGACCUCAGCUUUCGACUUUUAGGAGAUUUUCUACUCGAAAAUAGAGCAAAACAGGUCGAAAGGGCCCGACAAGGAGAGCCCAAAGUGCCCAUGUUCGUCACGCAUUACACCAUUUCGAGUCAUGAGCCUUAUGACUCACUGCCCAAGUGGUACGAAGAGUCCGAGAAACCAGACUUUUCGGCCAUGUACGAAGGUGAACAGCACGCAGACAGGAUCAAAAGGUACAUGAACGCGCGGUAUUUUACCGAUACGGAACUCGGCAAGUUCAUGGACCGCAUGCACAACCAGGGAUUCCUCCACGACACCAUCGUUGUCAUCUUUGGAGACCACGGACAGGCACCCGAGGUUGACAAGUUUAACUUGCACGAAGAGUCUGCGACGCGCGUACCUGCCGCUAUCAUUGCUGAAGGGCGAUUGGGUAAUGCUGUGGGGCUUGUGCUUAAUGACGUAGCCGAGCAGUACGAUCUUCUAAAUACUCUCGCAGACAUUACUGGGUUACCGAAGGGAGGAUUCCAGCAAAAUGGCGUCGGUCGGUCACUGAAGCGUAAAGCUUCUUCCAAAAAGCAUGUCGUGUAUAGUAACGACCCGCUGCGCAAGAUGGCGAUUGUACGAGGCCACGAGCGUCUUCGUUAUGACGAAAUUACAGACUCAAUGAUGCUGCACGACACGGAAACGGACUUCCACAUGACAACGGAUCUGUUACCGCUCCUUAAACCAGAAGAGCGUGCUGAGUGGGAAGCUUUGCGAGAGGAUGGACGUCGCAUUACCGCAUACUUCAAGAAGCGGUGGGACGAGAACUGUCUCCUCGCAGUCCAGUGCGAGAGCCUUAGUUGA